AUGGAGGACAAGGCAGAGCCUAAGGUCCUGGAGUGGGGAAGACAGAGACUAGUAAUAAGUAAAGCUGUUGGAGAGAUCUUGACACCAUGGUGGGAGAAUUAAGACCAGGUGAGAGUACAAGACCAGGUGAGAGUUGAGAAUAGAGCUGAAAGUCAGAAACUAUGGAAGAGAAAUCAGAGGGAUGCUGGAGGUGAGAAUCUUCCUGAAACCCAGGCACGAAGAGGAGAGAAACAGGAACAGUUAAGAUGUAAAAUUGAUGCAGAGACCCAAACGCCAAUGUGGGAGACCCAGGAUAGGAGUAGGAAUAAGGAUGCUAUAGAGAUCCAGUCUUUUGAGAAGAAUAAGAAAGAAGCCAGAGGAGAGGAUGAAGGAGAGACCCAGGCCCAAGGGUUGAGGAAGUGGGGCCAGACUGGAACUGAGAAUGGUGGGGAGACCCAGCUGCCAGGGUGGGGAAAACAAGACCAGAUUAAAGGUGAUACUAGUAUAGAAAUUCAGGCAGAAGAGAGGAGAAGAAAGGGCCAGGUUGGAGGUGAGAAUGCUGUGCAAAUCCAGAUAUCUGGGAGGGAGAACUUGGGGGAAGUGAAAAAAGAGGAUGGCCUAGAGACCCAAGCCCUGGGGUGGGGAAAACAGGAAUGCGUUCAAAGUGAGAAUGUUACAGAGAUCCAGAUACCAGGGUGGGAGAUGCAGGAUCAAAACGGAAGUGAGAAAGCUGGGAAGGUCCAAGUAUUUAGGGUAGAGAUCCAGAAACAACUAAGACAUGAACUUCAAGUGGGGUGGGGAAAUCAAGGCCUGGAAAGAGGCGAGGAUUCUGGGGAAAGCCAGAUAUUUAGAAGGAAGAAUCUCAGGGAGAUAAGAGAGGAGGAUUGGGUGGUGAUCCAGGCACAAUUUUGGGGAGACCAGAAACCAGUAGCAAGUGAAAUUGGCAGAGAAUUCAAGAUACCAUGUUGGGGGAAUCAGGACCAGAUUGGAGGUGAACACAGAGCAGAAAUUCAGGCACUGGAGAAGAGAGACCAGAGAAAGAACGGAGAUGAAGAUGGUGCAAAUAUCCUGGCACCUGAGGCAGAGAACCAGAGACAAUUAAGAGGUGUAACUCAUGUAGAGACCCAUCUACCAGGAAGGAGGAACCAGGAGCAGUUUGUUGAUGAGAAUAGUACAGACAUCCAGGCAACAGGGAAGAGAAACCUGAGAGGCAUUAAAGGUGAACAUGGUAAAGAGACUCAGGAACUUGGGGAAGAAAACCAGCAUCAGUUAAACAGUGAAAUUAAUGGAAGGAUUCACAUACCAAAGUGGAAAAAUCAGGAACACAUUAGAGGCAAGGAUGGUGCAAAUACCCAGGCACCUGAGGCAGAGAAUUGGGGAGAAUUAGCAAGUAAAAUUGAUGUAGAAACUCAUUCAGCAGAAUGGAAGAAAGAGGAGCAGAUGGGAGGUGAGAAUGGUGCAGAAAUUCCAGCUCCAGAGAAGAGAAAACAGAGAGAGGCUGGAGCUGAGAAUGGUACAGAGACCUGGGCACCUGGGGAAGAAAACCAGAGUCAGUUAAGAGGUGACACUGAUGGAAAGACUCAUUUGUCAGAUGAGAAGAACCAGGAGCAGAUGGGAGGUGAGAAUGAAACAGAAAUUCAGGCACCAGAGAAGAGACCCCAGAGAGAAGCUGGAGGUGAGGAUGGUACAGAGACCGAGAGACCUGAGAGACAGAAUGAGGGACAGUUAGGUGGUGAAAUUGGAGAGAGCCACUCACCAGGGAGAAGGAACUGUGAGCAGACUAGAGGAAUGAAUGAUGCAGAAAAUCCAACACUGGAGAAGAAAAGCCAGAGAGAGUUUGGAAGCGAGGAUGGUAGAAAGAUCCAGAGACUUAGGGGAGGGAAGCAAAGACUGUUAAAAAGUAAGAUUAAUGGAAAUGUCUGUACAUCAGAGUGGAAGAACCAGGAACAGACUGGAGAUGAGAAUGGUGCAGAAUUUCAAAUCCAAGAGAAGAGAAACCUGAGAGGGACCACAGGUGAUGAUGAUAAAGAGACCCAGGCUCCUGCGGGGGGAUUAUAA